AUGAAGCCCGGAGUCGCGGCCGCGCUGGACGGCGGGCAGCAGCCCGAGGACGGGCCAGAGCAGCCCCCGCCCCGGAGACACCCGGACGCCGCUGAACAGCAGCCGCCACCGCCACAGGAGCUUAGGCGGCCGUGGGCAGACGCAGAGGAGGAGGAGGAGGGCGACCACCACCCAGAGGAGGAAGAGGAGAGGAAGGGACCUUUGAUGGAGUCCAGGAGAGGGGGCCGCGGAUUUAUAGGCUACAGCGUGGCUCCAGUGAGAAGGCAGUGUCCCCUAAUAACACAGAUACACUGUGGACCCCUAAACCCCCUACCCUCCUCUGCAAAGACUCCAGCUGCCCCUCCUGGGCUCUCUCUGAUGCCCCUGAGUGGGCUGCUCUGGUGGUGGUGGUGCUGCUGCUGCUGUGGAUUGGGAGCCCAGAUGUUGCGCCACCAGGGUCUCCUCAAAUGCCGCUGCCGCAUGCUCUUCAAUGACCUGAAGGUUUUCCUACUGCGGCGCCCCCCUCCAGGACCCCUGCCCAUGCACGGAGACUCACAGCCCCCUGGUUUGGCAGCCAACAACAACACCCUACCGGCUCUGGGUGCCGGAGGUUGGGCAGGUUGGAGGGGCCCUCAAGAGGGGGUUGUUAGGGAGACCCCUCCUCUGCCACCUCUGCCACCUUCUUCUGUGGAAGAUGAGUGGGGUGACCCAGCCACAGAGCCACCGGCCUCUCUGCUCAGCAGCACCUCCUCAGAUGACUUCUGUAAGGAGAAGGCUGAGGAUCGCUACUCACUGGGCAGCAGCCUGGACAGUGGUAUGAGGACCCCACUCUGCCGUAUCUGCUUCCAGGGGCCUGAACAGGGGGAGCUGCUGAGCCCGUGCCGUUGUGAUGGUUCUGUCAAGUGCACGCACCAGCCUUGCCUCAUCAAGUGGAUCAGUGAGCGGGGUUGCUGGAGCUGCGAGCUGUGCUACUACAAGUACCACGUCAUUGCCAUAAGCACAAAGAACCCUCUGCAGUGGCAGGCCAUCUCUCUGACAGUCAUUGAGAAGGUUCAGAUUGCAGCCGCCAUCUUGGGUUCUCUCUUCCUCAUCGCAAGUAUCUCUUGGCUCAUUUGGUCGACCUUCAGCCCCUCAGCAAAGUGGCAGCGCCAAGACCUCCUCUUCCAGAUCUGCUACGGGAUGUAUGGCUUCAUGGACGUGGUGUGCAUAGGUCUCAUCAUCCAUGAGGGACCCUCUGUGUACCGCAUCUUUAAACGGUGGCAGGCCGUCAACCAGCAGUGGAAAGUGCUGAACUAUGACAAGACAAAAGACCUGGAGGAGCAAAAGUCAGGAGGCAGGACCAACCCCCGGACCUCCUCAUCCACCCAGGCCAAUAUCCCCUCCGAGGAGGAGGCUGGGAGCACCCCUGCCCCUGAGGAAGGACCCACCCGGGCUGCCAGCCACCCCUCAGGCCCUCUGUCCGAUCACCACUGUGCUUACACCAUCCUUCACAUCUUGAGUCAUUUAAGGCCUCAUGAACAUCGAAGCCCCCCGGGCAGCCGCGAGCUCGUCAUGAGAGUCACAACAGUGUGA